UCCGAGGCGGCGGCGGUGGAACAAAGGCGCAGCCCCAAAAGGCGGCGGAGCAGCAGCAGCAGGCGGCGCGGGGGUGGGAAGACCCGAGUGCAGCCCCCUCCCCGCCCCCAAGUCUCCGGUCGGUGCAAAGGGCCCCGGCCGCGUGCAAACAGCCCGAUCCGUGCAGGAGCGAGCCGGGCCGCAGCCGCCGCCGCCCCCGCCCGGCAUGGAGGCGCAGAAGGAAGCCCAGCGCAUCAUGACGCUGUCGGUGUGGAAGAUGUACAACUCCCGCCUGCAGCGCGGCGGGCUGCGGCUGCACCGGAGCCUGCAGCUCUCGCUGGUCAUGCGGAGCGCGCGGGAGGUUUAUCUCUCGGCCAAGCUGGAGGAGGACGAGGAGGGGCGCCUGGGGCCGCAGCCCGGCCUGGGGGAGGAAGGCGCCGGCCAGACCCCGCUGCCGCCCGCCGCCUGCCCGGGCCCCCUGGCGCCGGAGGAGCGGGCAGCCCCCGCGGACCGUGGAAACGCCCCGGCCGCAGGCGAUCCGGAGCCCAUGGAGACGCAGGACAGCGGCGGGGACUUGCCCCCGGCGACUCCAGCGCCCGGGGCCGGUAGGCGGCCGGCGCGGGGGGGCUCGCUGCCACCCCCGGGCAAAGGCAGCAGGAAGCGGCGGAGCAGCAGCUUGGACAAGCCGGGGGCCGCCGAGGCCGGGCUGGUGCCCACCAAGAAGGCCCGGCUGGAGGCGGAGGAGGAGGAGGGCGAGCGGCAGCCCCAGGGACAGGACGGCCCCUUCCCCAGCCUGGCCAAAGUCCUGCAGACCCGCUUCUCCGGGAUGCUGCGGGGCGGCCCCGCCAAGGGGCCCGAGCCCACGCCGGGCUGCCGGCCCGGGGACGGGGUGCUCAGCAUACUGGUCCGAGCCGUGGUGGCCUUUUAAAUCCCCGUCCCCGCCGCUCGGGGGGACUCGUGGCGGGGGGCCCUGGCCCGCGGCGCGCAGCGGCUCGCUCGGCUCCUGGCGGGAGCCAUGGGGCAGGGCGGGGGUCGCGGCCCCCCUCUCCCUGGCGGAGGGGGGGCGGGAGAGAGACACGCGAAGGCCGGGGCCGGAUUGAGAGGGCGGCGGAAGGACGAUCGGACUUUCCCCUCCCCACCCUGCUGGGUCCAGGGCGGAGGCGAGGCCCAAGGCUCGUGGGGACCGAGAGACGCCGCCGCUUUGUGGGGAGUGGGGGGGCGGACUUUGGCCCAACUUCAGGAUGGGGCAGAGACUCGCACGCCGGGCCGAGCUGUUCCUGCCCGCUCCUCGCCGAGAGAUGGUUUAUUUUUGUGCAGAGAAAUGCUAUGGCCGGACCUGGGCUCCACUGGUGCUAUUCCACAACCCGUAAACUGGAGGGGGGGGGGGGUUGUGUGUGGUUUUUUUUUUUGUAACUUGAAACUGUGUUGUUCCGUGUCCUUGUGAUGGCAGAAUGUUGGCUGGGGGAGGGGGCGGCAGACCCGCCGGCCAGAUGCGGGCUGAAGGGGUGUCGAAGAGAGCGAACAGUCCUGAGAAAUAGCCCAGAAAGGGAGGCUGGUUUCUCCAGCCCGCCCCUCCUGCGCCUGGUUCUCCAGCACCCGCAGAAGUGGGGUGAUGGGGGGAGAUGGGUGCCCGACUUACUAGCUCGCUUUCCUCAGGGGCACUUCUUCGGACAGGUGUUUUUUGUGUGUUUUGUUUUCAAGAGGCCUUUUUUCUUUCACCAACGAAAAGCUCAACCCAGGAUUCAUUAAGGAAACUUCCCCCACUUCCAGCCUGGCCUGCCCGUUAUGACACACCGCUCAUAUGACCAGUCAUUGCAUCACACCCCGUCUCGAAGGGCAGCAGGGAAUUUCCUGCUCAGACCGCCCGUAGAUUGGUGUGUGUGUGUGUGUGGAGCUGGUUUUUCAGGGUGUGGGUGGGGUGUGUGUCAGCCUGACUCAUUUAACCCUCCAAAGGAGAACUGAGAGGAGGCUGCCUGCUCUUCAAAAUCAAAUAAAAGUUGUUGGUUCUUUUAAA